AUGCCACCUUUCCUGUCCGUUUUCAGGUCUAGGACCAACUCCUUGCUCGACAACAUUACCGGCAUCAUCCCAGACUCGCCAUCUGACAGUACCUCCAAGGACAACUCCCUCACUUGUAGAAAGUGCGGCAAUCGCUUCCGUGACAGACUCGAACUCAGCUCUCAUUUCAACCUCCUCCCAAAUCACUCCGACUACGCUGACAGCUACAACUAUGAUUCUUUCACUCGUCCCAAGGGUAGACGCGCCAAAUCCGACCGUACUCUUGAGCUCGGUACGCCCACCCCGUCAGCGCUUCUAGAUGGUGUCACUCCCAGUGCCAGCUUCAGCGAAACACAGGCUUACUACGCUGUUCAGAACGACGACAAAGAGCAGGACGCUUCCACCACACGACCAGCUCUGCUCCGCAAGUUCCCUGCACUCUCCAGUCACAGCAUCAACCUCACCGGAGAUCAACAACCACAGUCUCCUCCUCCAACCGACUAUGCCGAUAGCAUCGCCCCUUCACCACGCUCGGAUCCAAAAGGCAAGGGAAAGCAAAGGGCCAUGCCUCGUCUUCGAAGAGACGAUUCUUUCCAGUACGGUCAACCUCUUGCCUCGUCAGAUGAAGAAGACGCUGAGUGCCAGUCCCGUGCUACAAGCUCAUCCACCAAGAACUUCGGCAGCUCUACUCGCUCCCGUGCGCACAGUGCUAGCGUAGAAGCGAUGGCUUCGCACUCUACACUCAACGCCCGCCCGCGCAGCUCCACCUCUUCUAACACGUCCAAGACCAGUCGCGCUUUGGCCAAUAAGGCAGUGGGCCAAGCACCACCUCUUCCUCCCAAGAUACCCAUGUUCGAGCGGCAAGACAAGCUAAAACAAUCAUAUAUUAGCUCACAAGACAGUGCAGACGACACUGACUCCAUCGAUUCCGACGCCAGCUUCCGCACUGCCGGAUCCACCAAAAAGCCAUCCGAAAAGACCCGUCUCAAGCAGUCAUAUGCAGCUCGCGACACUUUCGGGCCUAGUUGGGGCUCACCAUCUGCUUCAAGCAAACAGAUGGGCAAGCAGCUCCCACCUCGACCCAGAGAGCGUCAUGCCAGCGAGUCGAAUCUCCUGCUGGAAUCCAUGGGUACUUCUCACGAUGACGCUCCACCCUCCUAUUACGAGCUGCAUGGUGACGCCGACCCUUUCGAUGAUUUGGCGCUCCCACCUCGCUCUACUUCACGUCACUUUGUCUCCCGAUCUGAUGGCUUUGCUACCGUGCCUACCUCACCAGUCAGUCGCUGCGAUCCUGCUACAUCCCGCCGCCCUCGACGUUCCACGAACGCUUGGCCGUAUGCCUCGAGCAGUGCCUUCCCAGUCACCUUUUCGCGUUGCAACGAUCUCGACACGAUCGAUACUUACACUUCCCUGCCAAAUACCGAAGACGAUCUCUACAAUAGCUCUCCCGUAUCACCAAAGGCACAAUUGCGCAGAGCUGCGGGUGUAAGACCAUCCAUGAGCUCGAAGCUCGCCAACGGUUCGCUCCCCCCAUCGAUCUCCUCGUCCUCCUUCUCAUCUAGUCCAUCACCGACCACGCCAAAGACCCCCUUUGCAUUCUUGGCAGAUGCUCCUCUUUCAUCGCCACCGCCAACUCUUUCGAAGCCUCACAAGGCUAGCGCUGGUUCUAGCCGCCGUAUUCGUCAGUCCAGUCGCGCGAAGUCGGAUGCAGCCGCGCCUAGCACCCGCUGUCCGACCUGCUUUGUCAAGUUUGCCACUCUCGAAAAGACCCUCGAGCACCUUGACAAUUCCGACUGUGGCGCUGUCGAGUUCGAAAGCGGCAUCAUGUAA